CUUGGUAACUUUUACAGAUUAAACAAGAUUGUAUUUUUAUAGAGAGAGAAAGUAGAGAGAAGGCAGAGCAGUAAUUGCUCUAGAAUGUAUUGAUUGUGCCCCUUUUUUCUAGGGAAGUGGGAAUAUUUAUAGUACUAGGUUUUUGGGGGAAUGACCUAAUAUUCCCCUUACAUGAUUGGCUGGGGAAUGGGAGGAGGACACGUGUCCUUUCUCCUUACAAUUCUCUGGCCUCUUUUGGCAAUAGUGGGCUGUUUGGGCCUAUUGUGCUUAGUCAUUCACUUGGGAUACAUACUAAUUAAGCCCCUUUCCAGGUAUAGGUUUUAUACAUACAUUUAUACACACUUAAAUACAUACACUGUAGAUACCUAGAUUAAUACCCAUGCCUCGGAGUAGACUUCGUAUGAUUUCUGCUUUAGGGGGCGCAAUACGUGCCAUGUGUCACGUCCUCAUUGGUACACGAAGGCACGGUAAUUUUGCCCACAACAUUUGCCCCUCAAGAAGGGCAUUUCUGGAAACACAUUCCGGAGCUUUCAUAGGCGAUUUCCGGCGUGUUCCUACCACCAUCAGGCGAUUUCCGGCCACCAGGAGACUCAUCCUUUUCCUCGUCACACUCAUCCCGUUCUUCGCGAAACUCAUCUCGUUCUUCGCGAAACUCAUCCUGUUCUUCACCAAGUACUUCGCAGAUCUUUCAAGAGGAAGGAAUGAGCAAGCUAUCGGCGGCAGAUAUUGGGAAGGGCGAUAUGACCGAUUGGAUGGCGGACAUCUAUGAGGCCAAGAUGCAGAAAGCCAAGGCCGAGUUGGAGGAGAAGGUGAGUAUUCUCUUAGGUUGUCGUUUUUUUUUUUCUUUUUUGCAAGUUAAACUUCUCCCGUCCAGCGUCUAUAGUGGACGUCUUUUUAGUGACGAGCCGAUAUCCUGAUAUCUGACCCGUGUUUGCUAAGGUAGGCCUCGUCACUUUUUAUUGACGGGCCCCUUAGUUAGCGUUUUUUCAAGUGACUCG